UUAUACUUCGUCUUCCGGCGAAAACUCUGAGUUUCCCGGCAUCACACGCGAAGAAAGCUUAAAAUUUGUGACGAAGGUUGAAUUCGAGCCACAAAUUCUUCGCUUUCCUGGCAAAAUUUUAGCCGCAUUCGCUGAUUUUUCAACACUUUUGUAUAAUCUUCAUUCAAUCGCUGGAUUUCAAGUACAAAAAUCAUUCAAAUAUGCCACCAAACCACGACUCUAGAAACUCCCAGAAUACACAAAGAGACUUCGCUCAAAGCUCAGAAACAACGUCGACGACGAAUUUGCCGCUUGAAUCGAAUCACACGCUCGAAAACGACCAGCCACUUUUCGAAAAAACAUUCGCCAUUGUACAGUAUGUUAUUUUUUCGCUCCUUGGCAGAAAAGUCAAUCGAAUCCCGUCGCGAGAGGCCAAGAAAGUUCGCGAGUUAACGAGCGAAAUUUUGGCAAAACACGACGUCUAUAAUUCGCUUUGUUUAAAUUUGGGUUUCACGCCAGAUAACCUGGAAGGAAUGUUUUAUGGCGUUGCAGAAAAUAUUUUCGAAGAUGGCUUGAUCAACUGGGGACGCCUGAUUGCCUUGUUGGGUUUCAGUGUGAAGGUUUCGCAGUAUUUUCGCUCUCAAGGGGUAAUUGUGAACCCUGAUCAGAUAGUUGAACUGACGACAUGUUUUAUUGUGCACAAAACUGGUCCUUGGAUACAUUCUAAAGGUGGAUGGGUGAGUAUUUAUUUUUUUGAGCGGAUAACAGGCCCUAUAUAGUGUUUACACUCUACUUAAGUUAUAAAGCAUAGGUACAGUCCCGUACAGAUAAAAUGGCAAAUUUAAAUUCAUUUACACCACACACAAUUUUUGGCAUGGCACAAAUAGUAAUUUAUUUGUGUCGUGCCAAAAUUGCAGAUGGUGUAAACAGGCCAUUUGUGCUCGAACAACAGUCAAAACCCUCCUUAUGGAGGGGUACGGCCAGUACCCCCUUAUUUACAGCCAGUAUAUCUCUUAGUACAGUUUCAAACAAGGUUUCAAAGCACUGAAAUACUAGCUUAGUCGGAGUGAAAGCUGAAAUAUUGGUGGAGGACUGGAUGUAUUAAAAAGUAGUUGAUGUGAAAGUUUAUAAGCAAUCAAGAAUCGUUUGGAUUCUUGGAAAGUUUAACAGGAAGCCAUCAAAUAUAAGGCACUUUCGUGAAUAGAAAUUGUUUGAUGCAGAAUCCGACUUGCCUAGAAACAGUGUAUUGUCAAUCACCUCAUCACAAAAUGGUUUGACGUUAGCCAAUUAAAAGUAAACCCUGCAUUUCCUAUGAGGAUCUGCCUAGCAGUACACAUUGUCAAAGAGUCAAAGACUUGUAAUAAAAGGAACGUGUGAGAAAACCAAAGGGAAACGAAUGUGAAUGAAAGGGCCAUGUUAAUAUUAGUGAGGUAUCCAGCAUUUUCUCUUCAGAAAUUCACUUGUGUUUUCCACCUUUGUCAUAUCGCUGGCACAGUUUGGACAAAGUUCAUGUCAUAUUUGGAUAUUUAAUAUCCUAUAUGUUGCAUUUUCAAGAAAUAAAGUUUCAUCUGGCUGAAAAUAUGGCAGCCCUAUGGAAAGGACCUUUGCCUAAAGCAAAACCAAUCCUCUCACAAAUAGCCACAUGUGACUUCAAAAAUAACCUCUACUGUUGAUAUGUGCUGUUUUGCGUUUCAACAUGUUGGCCCCAAUUCUUGGAAAUGGACGUGCGACGACGUAUCUUGAUACGAUAGGUGUCCAUAGUACAAGGUCAAAAUGUCCUUCAACCAAAGUCUAAUCAAGGUCAAAACUCAAAAUAUCCUUGAUUUUGUUAUGCAAUUCAAUACUUUGAAAUAUAAUGUAAUAAAAAUAUACAAGAAAUAUCUGGUAGUGUGUUGAUUGCACAGCAAUUAUUGCAUUUGUCUCUUGCCUUUCUGUCAUGGGCUCGAUUGCUCAAAUAUGACUAUCAUUUCCUUAGUUCCAUGUAAGAAAACUGCUUCUACCACGAACGUAACUAAUCAAAAUCUAAUUCUGAGUAGAUGAGUUAUUCCUCUUGGUCUAUAUCUACAGUGUUAAUUUUUACUUCACACUUGUCAGUAUCUCACCGUAACUCAAAUAACUAGAAAACAAAAUGCAUUGGCUUGUAAUGUUUUUAUCCUUGUUCUGUUACAUACAAUUGAAACUUUUCUCUUAACAAAUACAACCAGACAAGUAAUUCAAUCUAUACGAUUUCUACCAGUGCCACUUAUAUUCUUGGACUUGGAGGGACUCCGCUAUUUUUACAUUUGUGUAAGCACAAGACUCAUUUGACAACACAAUAAAGAUAUUGUGGAACCUUAUGAUAGCAAAAAUAAUUCUUAACAUAACCACUGGUCAUGCUUGUAAAUUGCACAACUAUUUUUAAACUUGCAUAAUUGUUUAGUUAAUAAUGUCAUUAAAAAAUGAUAUUGUAAAAUACUUAUAGCUAAAAUAAAACAUAAUUAUGUUUGUAUAGCUUUAUAAUGGGCUUAAGUUAUCCACAUUUUAAUCUUCUAAAUUGCGUACUAUUGUGCACAAAAAUGCAAUCACUUUAAACCUGCUGAGCUUCCACAUAGAUUUGUUCAGUCUUGUGGAAAAUUGCUGACAUUUUACAUUUUUCUAUCAGCAGGAUUUCAAAACUAACUUUAUACUCGAUACUUUUAUUAGUUCUGCCUUGAGAAACAGUGAGAAUCAUUUCUUAUGGAGUCUAUGUUACUACUAAAGUGUUUAGAAAAAGUCUGUGUUUACUUGAGUCAAACUGUCUUGUGGUUUUCUUGCAUGAUACUGAGCCACUGAGGGGAAAUUAGGAAACUACACAUUGAAGGAAUGAUACCCCUGUUGCAAUGAUACCAGUGUAGGUAGGUACAACAACUGAAAACUGUAAAGAUAUACAACUACCUGAAAAAUAUAAGCAGAACCUCAACGUUUUAAUGACGAAGGGCCUAAUUAUCAGAAUAAGAAAUUGGUUAGAAUUAUCAAAAAAUUAGUUCAAAAAAGGAGCUAAAAAUAUAAUCGAUAUGAGUUGCAAAAGGUAGCUACAGAUUGAAAUGUGUAACGUGCAUAUGGAUCUUUUUCCAAAGACUUUAAUGGAAACAUUGAUAUUCAUUUCAACAUUCUACCAUGAAGGUGUGAUUAUAUACAAAAAGAUGUCACUGGGCCUUGAAAGGAAACGUUUAAUUAUCUAAUCAGUCAUACAUUUCUAUUGUGGAAACGUCAGCCUAACAUUUCAUAUUGUAAAAGAAGUAAAAUUUGGCAGUCCUAUAAACUAGGCAACGUCAUUGCUUGUGGUAAUAAACCACCUGUAAUUUUCACUUAUCGAAAUUAAUAAAUUAUAAUAUUGUGAAUCAAUGUCCAAAAACAGUUUGGAUGAAAACUUUGACUCAAGCCAUUAUGUAUAAUUGAUAGCCUUAUCAGGUUCCCUCCCAACCACAUUAAGUGCGGAAAAUAUUUUAUCACCAUCGUCAUUGUUUUUAUCACGUGAGCAUGUUUUCACAGACACUUCACAGUGCGUAUAUUUCAUCAGCUUUAAUACACCCGCACCACCUACUGGACUAAUAUUUUGCAACAAUUCCCGUCUGAGAUGAAUCAUAAGAUAAUCAAGCUUCAGGAAAUUACAUUAAUGAAUGUCUCAAAACCCACACAAACACGCCACACCAUAAAUUUCCCUUUAAAUUUAAUUCACAAAAUCACUUUUUCCCAGAAUCACCAACCAUUCGUCAUGGUUUGUCGAUGAAUUUCACAAUAUUUGCAAUCUUCAAAUUGGAUUUUACAAACAUAAAAUACCAAAGCUUAAUCUAUCAGCCUACGCAGCCUAAUUGAGAAACUGCUUAAGAAAGAUUUAGGCUUGUGGAUUUCAACAAAAUGGAUCAGUUGAAACUAUGUUCGUGUUUUAACGUGAGGAAUUUUAAUUGCAUGUUUUCGUUUUAGAAACUGGCCGUGCCCGUCUGAACUUGCUUCCUGUAUCUUCUUAUUAUUUUUCCUGUUGUUGCCUAAUAUGGUACAAGUAUGUCUGCGUGGGCACGGUAUUAUAUACGUCCUCGCGACCUUGAUCGAUCCGGUUUCAUGUGACUUCUUGGAAGACAUUCGUACCUUUGUCUUGGAAUGGUUAUUUAUAACCAGAUAUUUAAAACAAUAGUAAAUAGAACAUUUUAAUGAUUGAUAUUAACAUUGUUUAAGACGAAAAUAGAAGUUGACUGUUCACACCCAGACAAAAAAACCUUCAAAUUGAUCAUUAAUAACAAAGUGGUCAAAAACGACUUCUUCCGUGUUCAAACAUGUCUAGUGACGAUUUCAUUCUUUGGUCAUUAAUGGUUUUAUACCAUAUCUAAACUAAACUAACAUUUAUACUGGGUAUAUCUACAGUAUCAGUUCAAGACUUCUCCUGUGAGGUCCAGAAAAGACCGUUUGUGGUGGUCAUACAGGAAACAAUUGAGGGGAAAUUAUAAUCAGAAAAUUGCAUAUAAAGCAUAUUAGAAAAACCCUGGUCAAAUAUAAAGACACUAAACCACACUUGUAGUUGGUGAUGUGUUAAAAGCAUUCUUAUAUCUAACCGCGUUUCUUAAAUUUCUUUCUUAGGAAAACGUUAUCACGCACUUCAAUAACUCCAAAAACGAAGCCUAUUCACCCAAGAAUGCUACUUGGUUCAGAGGUAUUCUGGUCACUGCGACAGCGACUAUUGGUCUCGGAGCACUCCUGGCUGUUACUCAAUGUAAAUAACUAUGGUUACCGCGUAGACACUGAACUUAAAAAUAAAACUGGAUUGUGCUUACUGUUAAAUAUAGCUAGAUUUCAACAGAAGUUGUCAACUUCAGAAAUGCUGACAAUAAGAGAAGAAAAUAAAUUGUUUUUCCUCAAAAUACAAAAGUAUGAAAAGAAUAAACAUUUGAUUUUCCUACUCUGAUAACUGCAGGUUGCACUAUCUGCUGCACAAUAGUGCUUUGUUAAUCCUAUCAAUAGGAUAAACCCUUUUUUAGUACUUUGUAAUGACUACAGUAAUGUCAUGAUUUACUUCACAGUUCACAAAAGAAAAGUCUGUUGUGGAUAAAGGGUUAAUCGUUUUUUAGUAAAAUCUUUUUUAAUAAUUCAAUAUAUUCGUAAAUUUGAAACCAAUGUUUCGGCAUGGCAAAUAGAUUCCUUGUAAUGCCCCGUUGCAUUGUACAUGAGAGAGUACCUGUGGAAUUCAAAGUGUUAAGAGUUUACAGGUUUUCCAAAUAAUUUUAAAUGUAUUUUUGUCCUGGUACAACAAACUCGUAUAUUUGUCUUACUGUUUGUCGAAGGCCUAGUGCAGAGGUCGAACAACUCUUUAUGUGCGGAAACACAGUGGCAGUGCAAAUAAAUUCAGUUCAUUGAAAUUAGGUUUGGGGCCGUUUUGGCACAUGAUAAGCACGACGACACGACGUCUGUACCAGGCCUUAUUUGUCUAAUUACUGAAAAAUACAUCCGGUGCACAAUCCAGUCUUAUUUUUAGAUCAGUGUCUAAAACCUAGCCUCCGCAAACUCGCAAGAGCGGAGGAGGCUAAAACCUAUUAUACAUGCGUUGAGUUCUUGAAGAUUUCAAGUGUGAAGUUUUUACUGAACAGUCUUACAAAAAAAACACUAAAAUAUAAGCAAAAUAUAUAUGUAAAAUGUAGAUAGCCUAGUUUUGAGUGGGUCUUUCGGUCAUUAUUGAUUUAUAUACGAACGUUAAAAGAACAGGAUAACGCCAGUGAGGUCCAGCUUAGUUGAUGCAAAUUAGGCCAAAGUCGAGCCUGAUGCAAAUAAACAAUUACGGUCUGGACACAUAGAAAUAAUAGACAUAGAAUGCGCGCUGAUGACGAAUCAUGUCUCCACUUUUUCACCGUGCGUGCCCUUUUGAAUGCGCCAUUUUGAAUUUACGAAAUAAACGUAACUUUCAGUCAACCGAUUUACAAUUUAUAAAAUACAAACCAAACAUGUUCAAACAAAAUUCGAAAGCCUCGCUCCUCGUGCGAAAGUUCCGGAACCGAGCGAAAUUCUUCAUUGCAGGAGUCUGGACCGAGUAAAAAUGCCUUUUCAAUGCGCCAUUUUGUGACAAAGUUCUGACUGAAGCGAGAUAGGAGCACGCAUGCUAUGUCUAUUAUUUCUAUGUCUGGACAUUACAAGCGCGAUGUUUUAAUUAAUACUUUCGAGAUUGCUUGGCCUUUCCUAAGACAACGUACGAUGAUACGAAAGUCACAUUCACAAAUUCACAAACACAUUAACACUAUAUUCAUGCACAUUAGCCGCAUAUUGUUAUACAAUAUUUUAUAUCAAAUAAUUUUACACUCCACAAUGUUUCAAUAAAUAUCCAUAUUAAAUAAAACAAGAUAAAAAUGUGCAUUGAUGUAAAAUCCGGGAACUUAAGAUGUGCUUAUAAUCUAGUGCGCGGACGUGACGAAAAAACGUG